CAAUAAACCCCCGAGCUCUACCUAGUUUUGCGUUCCCGGACUUCGCUACCGACCUUUGGCCUCGAACGUUUUUGUUGCCGCCCAGUCCAGUGUCGAAACAAGCACCGCAUCGCACCCGGCGACCACUAGCAAUGGGUGACUCUUUAGAGAAGGGCGAUCAGAUCGCCGAGCUCGACAAGUCCUCCUCGGCCAAGACCGACGCCGAGGUCCCGUCCGAGAAGCAGACGUCAGUGCGAGUGCCAUCGCGACUGCAGCCCCCGGCCUUCCUGGCCAACAUGUCGAAGGAGGAGCGCCUGGCGCUGGAGACCAAGUUGAAGCGCAAGAUAGAUCUCAGGCUCAUGCCCGCCAUCAUCGUCAUGUAUAUCCUGAACUAUAUUGAUCGCAACAACAUCGCCGCGGCGCGACUUGCCGGUUUGGAGCGGGAUCUGAAUCUUUCAUCGGUUGAGUUCGAGACCGCAGUGAGCAUCCUCUUCGUCGGAUACCUGCUGAUGCAGAUACCCUCGAACUUGUUCCUGAACAAGAUAGGGAAGCCGGCCAUCUAUCUCCCUACAUGUAUGGUCGUCUGGGGAGUCAUCUCGACGGCGACGGCGGCAUGUACCAACGCUUCUGGGCUACUAGCCGUGCGAUUCUUCCUGGGUUUCGUCGAAGCCGCAUAUUUCCCUGGGUGUCUUUACUACCUGUCUUGCUGGUAUACGAGAACCGAGCUGGGGCUCAGAACAGCCAUCUUGUAUUCCGGGGCUCUGAUCUCGGGGGCAUUCUCGGGCUUAAUCUCCGCCGGCGUCACCUACGGGAUGGAUGGCACGAGAGGAUUAGGGGCCUGGCAGUGGCUCUUCAUCAUCGAGGGCGUGGUGACCAUCUUCGUCGCCCUGAUUUCUUACUUCAUCCUGCCGAACUUCCCUCGCACGACAUCCUGGCUGACCGAGGAGGAGCGGCAGCUUGCGGCAUGGCGGCUCGAGGAGGACAUUGGCGAAGACGAUUGGAUUGACAGAGAGCACCAAACGUUCUGGCAAGGGGCGAGGAUGGCUUUCUGCGACCUAAAAACCUAUGUUCUGAUGGUGCUCCUAUUUGGCAUCGUGGCCAGUGGCAGUGUCACCAACUUCUUCCCGACCGUGGUCAACACAUUGGGCUACAGCAAGGUCAUAUCGCUGCUCCUUACCUCUCCCCCUUACGUCCUUGCCGUCAUCGCGACAUACAUCAACGCCACGCACGCGGAUAGGACGGGAGAGCGGUACUGGCACAUUACUCUGCCGCUGUGGGUUUCUGUCGUGGCAUUCAUCAUCGCCGCCACCACGAGCCAAGUCGGGCCUCGAUACUUCAGCAUGAUGAUAAUGGUCCCAGCCGUCUACACGGGCUACGUCGUCGCCCUCGCCUGGAUCAGCAACACGCUUCCCCGGCCGCCUGCCAAGCGGGCCGCGGCGCUCGCCUUCAUCAACGCCGUCAGCAACUGCAGCAGCAUCUACGCCAGCUACAUGUACCCCAAGAGCGCGGGGCCCCAGUACGCCGUGGCCUUCUCGGUCAGCUGCUGCACGUCCUUCAUCGCCAUCUGCGCGGCGACGGUGCUCCGCAUCAUCCUGGUGCGGCUCAACAAGAGGCUCGACGCCGGCGUCUUCGUUGAGGGCGCCAUCAACGCCCUGCCGGGCGAGGCUGCGUCGCACGGGUUCAGGUUCAAGGUGUAGGACUGCCUCGGCACUCGUGGAGUGCAUUGAACAUGAUGGAAAGGGGGCGACGCAAUCCUUUGCAUUUCAUCCCAG